UUCACCAUAGACUGAUUUCAAUGGAUGGCAGAGCUGAGUCUUCUGAGACAGUAAGGAACAAGUGUGCUGCUUGCUUUAGGCAAUAUAAUAAAAAGGAGCACCUGGUUGAGCACAUGAGGAUCUCAUUCCACUCUCCACAUGAGCCCACAUGUGGCAUCUGCUUGAAGCAUUGCCGGUCCUUCGAGUCGCUUCGAGAACAUCUCAUUGGGCCUCUGCCAAAGGUAGAAUGCGCGAAAGUGUUCAGCAAUCAAGGCUGCAACUUUUGCUUAAAAAUCUUUGAAAGCCAGCAGGCUCUCAGGAUUCAUCGAGGAUCAUGCCAAGUCACACGAGCCACUCCAGUUUUAAGUUCCAGUACUUCAAGGCCUACCGCGCAGAAUUUCAUGGAUAUCGAUUCAAGAAUGCAAAGCGCUAGUGUUGUUGCACUUAGUUGCGGAAUGGUUGGAGGAGGAAGUGAUGGCUCCUUAGACAUCUGCGCUCGGGUUUGCCUUAUCGAUCAAGAAGAAAACAUUAUAUUUCAUACUUAUGUGAGACCUCAAAUUCCUAUCACAAACUAUAGGUAUGAGAGAACUGGUAUCAGUCCUGAAUGCUUGAGGGAUGCAAUGCCACUGAAGCAGGGACAAAGGAAAAUCCAGGACUUUUUAUGCAAUGGAGAACCCAUAUGGAAGGUUAGAUCAAAGGUUACUAGAGCAAGGAUACUUGUUGGCCAUGGCCUUGAUCAUGAUCUUGAAAGCCUGGAGAUUGAAUAUCCUCAAUUUCUUAUCAGGGAUCUGGCUAAUUAUCCACCAAUGAUGAAAACUAGCAAGCUAAGUAACUCAUUGAAAUACCUUACACAAACUUAUCUUGGAUAUGAAAUACAAACUGGAAUCCAAGAUCCAUAUGAAGAUUGUGUGGCAGCAAUGAGGCUCUAUGGUAGAUUGAAAGCUCAGCCUCAUUCUGGAGAGAAUGCUUCAGGGUCUGGAGAAGUUCAGAAUAGAAAUAAUUUCCCUGCAUGGAGACAGAGAGAGCUGGAGAAUAUGAGCCCAGCAGAAUUAUUAGAGAUUUCAGCCUCUGAUUAUUACUGUUGGUGCUUGGACGCUCAAAGAGUGUAAUUUGCAAGUAAUCUUGCUGUUGUAUCUAUGAAGAAACUAUAUGAUACUGUUGU